GAUAGCAUAGGCCACUCUUCUGGGGCAGAGAGGCAGACAGCGAGUGCCACAAUUCUUCCAUGGCCGUCUCACUUGCUCAGACCACUCUCUUCUCCAAAACCUCAUAUUUCCUCCGAGGAAAUGCUCUUAAAUGCUUCACCUUUUCCGUACCUUUCUCUUCAUCUUCUGCUUCAGUUCUCCGUACAGGCAAGAAGGCGAGGCAACCCAUUGUCUCUGUUCUAGAGCUCGGUGGAGUCAAGAUCGCAAAAGACGAUGUUGUGAGGGAUGACCCAACAAACAAUGUCCCGGAUACAAUAUUCUCCAAACUCGGAAUGCAACUUCAUAGAAGGAAUCAACAUCCAAUUGGGAUUCUUAAAAACGCAAUCUACGAAUAUUUCGAUACUAAUUACUCGAACAAGUUUGAUAAGUUUGAUGAUCUGUGCCCAAUUGUUUCUGUACAGCAGAAUUUUGAUGAUGUCUUGGUUCCUGCUGAUCAUGUAUCCAGGAGUUACAAUGACACAUACUACAUUGAUCCUCAAAUUGUUUUGAGGUGCCAUACAAGUGCCCAUCAAGCAGAACUGUUAAGAAGAGGACACACUCAUUUCCUUGUAACAGGAGAUGUUUAUCGCAGAGAUUCUAUUGAUUCAACACAUUACCCUGUAUUCCAUCAGAUGGAAGGUGUGCGUGUAUUUUCUCCAGAUGAGUGGGAGGCAUCUGGCAUGGAUGCCACAUCUUAUGCUGCAGAAGAUUUAAAGAAAUGUCUUGAGGGAUUGGCGCGUCACUUGUUUGGUGCUGUUGAGAUGCGCUGGAUUGAUACAUAUUUCCCAUUUACUAAUCCAUCUUAUGAGCUUGAGAUAUAUUUUAAGGAAAAAUGGUUGGAGGUUUUGGGCUGUGGGGUGACUGAGCAAGAUAUAUUGAGGAAAAAUGGGAAGCUGAAUAAUGUUGCUUGGGCAUUUGGACUAGGAUUGGAGCGCCUAGCGAUGGUCCUAUUUGACAUACCGGAUAUUCGACUUUUUUGGUCAAGCGACGAGCGUUUUACCUCCCAGUUUUCCAAGGGCCAACUGGGUGUCAAAUUCAAGCCAUUCUCGAAGUAUCCUCCUUGUUACAAGGACAUGAGUUUCUGGAUCAAUGAGUCAUUCACCGAAAAUAAUUUAUGUGAAAUUGUCAGAGGUGUUGCUGGGGAUCUUGUUGAGGAGGUCGUGCUGAUUGACAAUUUUACCAAUAAGAAAGGGAUGACAAGUCACUGUUAUAGGAUUGCAUAUCGGUCAAUGGAACGCUCGCUUACUGAUGAGGAAAUUAAUGACCUGCAGUGGAAUGUGAGAGAGCAAGUGCAAAGCAAGUUAAAGGUUGUCCUAAGAUGAGAGAGCCUCGGGGUCCGGCAAUGCGGAUCGGGUAACAAAAAAAAAAACCAUGUAAAUUUUUUGAAGUUAGAGGUGUCAGAUUUUCUAAUUUAAACAACACAGGCUGCAUUUUUUAUGUUGAAUGUAUUAUGAAAAGGAAAGAUACCUAGCUUAAGGGGCAUUCUCCAAAACAAUAAGAUCUUCUGGACAUAAACGAUUGACUUCAAGAUUACUAGUUUUUUUUUUUUUAAAUUUCUUUUUAGGAUGGACACUUAUAAAAAUAAUACAUUCACUAUGAAACUUCCCACCUUC